GCUAUUGUGAUUAGGUUUUUUUGUGAUUAGCUAAUAUGAUUAAGUCAAUUCAAAUAUACAAAAAUUGAAUAGGAUUUAACUUUAUUUAACUACAUAAUCCGGGGGCCAAUUAGUUCAUGACCAAGCCGUAGGUCUUCCGAAAACCAUAAGAUACAGUAACGUGACGCUGGAAGCGGAUGUGCGAAGCACGCACGGGCAUGUGUGUGUUAAGGUUGGGAAAUUUGUUCAGUGUUGAGAGGAUUUUAUAAAUGGAUUGACGGGGAGUGUGUCACGAUGCAGUUGCACGGUCUUGUCUGGUAGUCAUAUACGUGAAUCAAACCAGCUUUAUUUUAAAGCAAACCCACUGUAACACAAUAUGCAGUCAGUAAGCAUGGAGCCUGACCUCAGAACUAUGAUUAAAAAAGAGGAUUUGGAUUUGGAGGGGCACCAGUCCUCGUGUGAAACCUUCGAUGACUUUUUGAGAACAGCUCUGUGGCCAAAAGCAAUCAAGAGAGAAGAGUCUUGUGUGUUCCACGGGACAGAUGUGCUCGUGCUGAGGGAGAUGGAAGAGUUGAACGGAGCACAACGAGUUUGCCAUACUCUCACCUACACGGUGAAGUUUAUUCAGUCGUCUGGUGGCCUGGAUAUAAAAACUGAAGAUCCACUGGAUCUUGCCGUAAGCAGCACUAACCCAGCCGGUCGCGAGCAUAUUUGCAUGGUGUGCAGAACUGAACAUGCCUGCCAAGCAAAGCUCCGGCUACAUAUGAAGGUCCACGCACGAGAGAUCCGGAAGCAGCCUAACAGGUGUGGUAAAGAGCUCAGACAGUCUACGCUCACAGCUGCUCACCGGAAGAACUCCGGCUGUCGGAAGCCGACACAGACACAGGAGAACGAUAAGAAGCAUACUCAGGAGUCAGAAAAGAGAGAUUUCCUCCCUGAGACUGAGCGGCGGACAGAGGCGUCUCUCCAUCCCAAGCCAAACGGCGGCCCGGCACGGGGCAAACACGCGUGCGAGCUGUGCGGGGCGGAAUACGUCCGCAGACAAAAUCUGACAUCCCACAUGAGGAUCCACACGGGCGAGACCCCGUACUGGUGCGGCACGUGCGGAAAGGGCUUCCGACGCAGCGACUGGCUGGCACUUCACGUGGGCACCCACCGAGGAGACAAGAGACGAAAGGAGAAGCUUUGCUUUCCGUGUAAUCUCUGCGAAAAGACCUACCAGAGCGCGGAGGGUCUGAGGAACCACACACGCACCCACACGGGGGAGCGGCCAUUCCUGUGCCUGAUCUGCGGCAGGGCCUUCUACAACACCGGCUGCCUCAAGAUCCACCACCUGAACUGCCAUUCCGAUCACCGGCCGCACGCGUGCCCUGUGUGCGGCCGCAGCUUCAAGCGCCUGGGGACUCUCAACAAGCACACGCGCAUCCAUACGGGCGAACGGCCCUUCGCCUGCGAACACUGCGGGAAAACGUUUCGCUAUAAGUACAGCCAGACUCUGCACAGGAAGCACUGCAGUGAGGGCUAAGUGCAUCAGCCACAUCGGGUGCAGGCUGGGCUGGACGCCGCUCUAACGCAUUCACACGCUGCAGGUUCGAACUUUCCACGUCCUGCUCCAUCACUCCUGAGCCUGCAGGUGUGCGGGUGUCGGCUCAGCUACCCCCAGCCCAGCACGCCAGCUACAGGUGUCCCCGUGGCAACCCUGGGGAAGCCCCACACACCUGCAGUGAAGGUCUCUGAAGCACCUCAGGCUUGCCCUUCCGUACACUGUGAAUGUUGAAUCCUCUUCUUACGUUCUAGCAGAUUCAGACAGAACAUACAGUGUUUAUGUGUAUGACAUCCAGUAGAUAAAUGAAACUGCCACAUCUCUGAAUGGUCUUGACAGCUCUGGGGUGAAGUGUAGGCAGAGACUUACUAACACUUGUUUUUUCUGUUUAUUUCUGAUUAUUCUUCAUGUAUGGGAACUCUCCUUAUUUGUUUACCCUUUUCUGUGUUUGUGUAAAAUGUUUCGCUGAAACUUUUCUGUGUCAAUAUUGUGCUGCAAACGCUUUCUUACACUUAAAGUGCCAUUUAUAUCUUCAGGAACUAUUAAAAUAAGAGUGAUUUUCAGAACAAAAGGUCUAAGAACUACUUCUUAAAGAUGUGAUUUAUAUAGUGAAAAUUAUAUUUGGCAAUACUUAAGCAAAACGCAGUUUUCAGCAUGUGAUGUUCAGAUAAACUAUGAAAUUAAAUGUUAAAAAUAUUUUAAUUUUCA